CCGUCUAUUUAUAGAUUUGUCUUAAACAUGAUCGCGCACUUGUGCUCAUUCCUAUCUGACUGUAUCACACUUUGUCAUCCUCACUCUCUCUCCAGCUUUCUCUGUCUGUUCUGAAUGGAGAUGCUGUGACCACAUGUGCAGUAUUUCCUCUUUCUCCUCCCUCCUGCUACAUUCGUUUCCCCAUUGCUUUGCUAUUCCGGCUGUGUCACUUAACCGUCUUUCCCUGCAACUGAAUCAGGCUGGAGCAACAGAGCACCGCAGAACAUAUAUCACCCUCCCCUCUCCUCCCCCCCGCUCUGAAUCAGGGACCUCCCAUUCUCUCUCUCACUCUGUCAGACUUCGCUCCACACUCCCUCUCUCCACCCAGUUUCUCCUUGGCGGUGAGUCCUAUAAAGCGCUGACUACAGAGAGCAGCACUGCUGACGCAUUUUCUCCUACCUGCCCGUACCUGCAGGAAAAGGCGAGGAGGGUAAAAUUGUCUCCUCUCUUGUGUGGAGCCGACUUCUCUGCCCGAGCACUCUGUCCUGUUUACUCUGUUUGGCGCUGCAUUGCUUGCCCUCUGGUUUUCCUCAUGGAAUACGAAUGACUACAGCAGCUUUCCGUUUGCCACCGGCUGCCCUGCACCAUUUCACCUCGAAGGAGAUGGCAUAGGACAAGGCACCAUGGGGAUGUAUCGCUGUUGGAUGGAUGGAUUUUUUCAACUUUGAGUCUGACCCUCUUUUGAGAGAAAGGGAUCAACACCAGCUCUGUGAGAGGUGUUUGGUUGGCUGUAAUUUAGGCUCAGAUCAAGACAGAAGCUCACACUUGCCACAGGGCAGAGAUUUAGAAGAAGUAACCUCUAUGAUGGAAACAGAUAAGUGAAAGUUUAGCCAAACACCUUGUAUGUUGAGGACAUGAUUCUAUCAUCAUUACUGGUCACUUCUGUACUUGUGUAGUUUGUGUAGCACUUUGUGUACUUGAAGCCAUGUAACCUGUUGGAAGACAGUGCAGCGUUUUUUGAUCUCAUAGAGUAGUGCCCUGCAUGACUAAUAGUGAGUGCUGGCCUUACGUUACCUUGACAUGGCCAUUCCGGUGCUGUGCCAGGCAUAUCAUAGCAAGCAUAUCUAGUGAGCAUCGAAAUAGACAUUAGAAAGCGUCACAGUUCCCUUACAGCCGACAGCCUGGAGCCUUCACAGGGAUGAGUUGAAACAAGAGUCCUCAAGGCUCCAGUGGGACUGCACUGCAGAAAGGCCAUUCAGAAGUGAAAGUAGGGAGAGUCUGCGUCCUGCAAAAGUCAGAGACAUACUGGUGUUACUGCAGUGCUGUGAGCAGCAGACAACACCAGCAUCACCACAGUUAGCUGGCUGAGCUCUGUUGUUGUUCUCUCUGUCACCUUCGUCGCUGCUGCAGUAUUGACCCUGUAACCUACGUCAGCGAGUACCUAAGACACCAUCCCCGGACUGCCAUCUCUCCAGCAUAUCUCGUGAUUCCCCCUGAGUCACGGCUCAGCUCACAGACUCUAUUCGGACACAGCACAUCCUGCCACUAGUGUGUCGUGAUGGAGUAUCUCGGGGACAAGCUGUCAGUGGCUCAUUCUCAGGUGUCGGGAUGGGUGGGAAACGUCCGUCGCUCCCUUCACGGGGCGCUCAGCUUUCUGUCCACCUCGGUGGAGAGGGGAGGCAGGGGAGAGGACGGGACCGGGGACUUCAAGAGAACCAAUUCCCUGCGAUCCCUCGCCUCACGCAGCAGGGAGUCCAUCCGCAGGUUCUCACUGCGCAGCCAGCAGCGUCUGUCCUUACGCAGACGCACGGCGCCCAACACCCCCACCGCUGUGCAGCAGAAGCAGAGUGUCAGCGGUGAAGAGGAGGGGAAAGAGUCAGAAACACCAGUUCGUGACACUGACAGUCAGUAUGGCACCUGGGAGACGGGACUGCGUACUGAUGACAGCCUGACACCUGCCACACCCAGUUCAGACAGCACUCUCAGUCCUUCACCCAGAAAGCCCACUCCACCCCACACACCAGGUGAUCAUACCUCACAGUUUGAAACCGAUGCUGUGGACGGCCUGCCUCCCUCAUCCUCAUCCGACAGCCAGCCGCUCCCUUUCCCUGAUGCUCCGACCUCUCUGUUAGACACCAGCGCUCUCCGCUCCAGAGCCCAACUAGGGAAGAAGCGAGCCCCACGGACGCGACCCACCAGGGCGGCCCGUCAGAAUGCAGCGCUGGCAGAGGGAGGAGCCACUGAGGACUGGCUUUAUCGAGACUCCACAGAGCCAAAGGCUGAGAGUAAAGACGAUGAGUCGGACUCGGAGGAGCAGCCCAGAGGAGCUGAUGCUAGUCCGGCUGUUGCCUCACAGCCACAGAGGAUCGCCCUGUUCCCUGGUGUGGACCCUUCAGCUUUGAAGGCUCAGCUGAAGAAGAGGGGGGACUCUGACAAUCACACUGACGGACUGGCUCCCUCACCUUCCCAGCUUUCUCGCUCACCCAAGUCCCCUUUCCUCCCACGGGCUGCAAGAGUGCUGCCCCCACCUGGCGGGAAAGAAAAUGGCGAGGAGGACUCACCACAGUGGUUGAAAGAGCUGAAGUCCAAGAAGCGAUUGAGUCAGUAUGAAAAUGAGAGCUAAGUAAACAAUGAGGUUGCCUUAACUGAUGAAACAGAAGCCUUAACGUUUGACCCAGAGAGUAGGAGGAUGUGAACAGCUGCUGAUGUAUUUUUUUUCUCCAUUUGUUCUUUUCUUUUUCUUGUUUUUGUUCUUCACUUCCCAUCUGGGUCGAUAAAUGUGCAUGGUGCCUUUUUUUUAUGGAGAGUCUCUGUCUUAUGGAAAAAGAAAAACAAGCAAGGAGAAAAACAUCAGGCUGCUCUGCUUCAUCCAUUUCAUGCUUGAACCUGUGGAAGCUCUUCUGCAGCAGAGGAGACUCCACAUGAACACUUUAAUAGGGACCAGGAGAAGUCGGGGAAAACGGAGAAGAAGGCGAUGAUCGGCAAUCAUUUCCUGUCGGGCAGCAUUUCAGGAAAUGGUUGAACUUGUGGGACCACGACAACGCCUCUGUAUCCUGGACGUGCUUCAUCGCAUGCUGGAGGACAAUCCAGCAACCCUUACGAGAUGUAGUUUUUGUUGUUUUUACUCGGCUGAUACGUACAAGCUGGCUACAUUUGUAACGGCCGUAUUUGUGUUACCUUUGGAGGUUGUCGAAGGGAGUCACACAAGCAUUGACAUAGGAUAACAUUUCAGACACUAAUGAUUUUUGAACAUAGAGAACAAAUCGCCACUGACUUGAUUGUCAGUGGAAGCGUGUAUCAUGUUAGUAACUGCAAUCAGGAGAUGUUAUAUUUGUAUUAUCAUUGAUUUAACUAAGACAGAGAGCUAGUUUUGAAAGGAAAACAUUAAGAUACAGCACUACAAUAGAGGCUCCACAGCCUUUUACUUUGAUACACUCCUCAACCUAACCGUUGCUGCAUACCGUGUAUCUUUAUGUCUGAUUGUCUGUUCGUCUUUGUGGAAGAGGGGGACUUUUGGACAAGUGGCUUUGCAUCCUGUCAAUCAUGCACACUCCUAAUCAGCACAAAUAUGCUCCUCAAUCUUGUAUGAAAACACUACUCCACCUCUCUUCCCUCCUUUUAGUAGAUUAAGUGAUUGUAGCAUCUGAUAUAAGCCAUACUUUCACUUUCACCCUCACACACUCUUCAAUCAUGUUUCGACAAUGUUUUUCCAAUGAAUGUGCAAUUUUCUCUCUAUUUUCCCUCCAUUGUACAUGCAUGCACAAUCUUCGCUGUCACAUCAGGCUUGGGCUCAGAGCGUCGGGGUGUUGACUCACACUACCCCAGUGGAGGGGCGGUUUAUUCACUGCAAUCAUUAUUACAUGACUUCUAAACAAAUGUGAACAUUUGCACCUUCUUUACAGCUCAACUGUGUCUUCCUCCUCAUAUCUGCCAUCCACCCACUCAACUCUGCGCUUCUCUAAAGCACUUUGUCACUUGAUGCACUACAGCACUGACCUCUGCCCCCUCCGGUUGGCCGUGUGUCGUCUUCUGUAUCGUCGGCCUGCUAACGCAAUGCAAGUGAAUGUGUUGAUCGAGGCUUCGGAGCGACUGUCCCUGGUUUCUAUAUACAUGGAUGUUUUACUUUGUCAUUAAAAUUUGAGGGUUUAUUUUUUAUGUCCUACUUUGUCCUUUUUUAUUUGAAAGUAAAGAUGUAUAUUGCACUGUGUUGUACUGGCCAGUGUCCUAAGGUGAAUAAAUUCUUAAUAAAAUUUACUUGACUUCA